CCUACACAUCAACAAUCUCUUCAAUUAAGCUAAACCUAGAAACAUCCACACAUUUAUACAGAGAGAGAAAAAACAGAGAGAAACAGAGAGAGAAAAAACAGAGAGAAAGAAACACAGAAGCUUCAUCAUGGCUGGUCUGCAAAGAUCUGCGGUGUCUUUCAGGAGACAAGGUUCAUCAGGGCUUGUUUGGGAUGACAAAUCAGUGUCUGCUGAACUGAACAACGAUCAAAACCAAGACCCAAAGGCUGCCGCUACUGCUGCUGCCGACAACCUUAACGCAAGAACAACACCACAACCCACCACCACCACCACCAUCCAGAGAACCCGCUCCAACAGCGGCUACCGCAUGGGAAAAGUCUCGCCGGCGAUCGACCCUCCCUCUCCAAAGCUCUCUGCUUGCGGCUUCUGCACCGCUUUUUCGAAAACAGGGGAAAAGGGUCGCCGCGCAAAGCCCAGUGCUAAGCACCGAUCCAGGUAGGUCUUUUCCGGUGGUCGGAGAUGGCUUUCCGGGAGUCUCCUUACCGUAGUAGUGGUCUCUGUUUUCUCUUUCGAGUAAUUCACGAGUUUUUGCUUUUUCAUUUUUCAAUUCUGUGGUUUGUGAUUGUAAUUAAUUAUGUGUAUAAUUGGUGGAUCGACCUGGAAUUUUGAUCUCUGUACAAAAGUAAAUCUCCAAUGAUAUCUUUCACGUUAUAUGCUUUUUCAAA